AUGGCCACUCUCUUCUUUCCCAGCACGGCUCUCGACUCGAGACCGCACCGGAUGCGUCAUGAGCACGCACACACAAUGUGUGUGUGUGUGUGUGUGUGUGUGUGUGUGUGUGUGUGUGUGUGUGUGUGUGUGUGUGUGUGUGUGUGUGUGUGUGUGUGUGUGUGUGUGUGUGUGUGUGUGUGUGUGUGUGUGUGUGUGUGUGUGUGUGUGUGUGUGUGUGUGUGUGUGUGUGUGUGUAUGUUCUGGUUGGGUGAGCAAGACAAGUGGUCCACCAAAACCAUAACCAAUCCAACCCAUCCAACCAACCACGACUACAUCACAGAAACCAAGAAACAGGCUUGCAGGUCGGGUGCCGUGGUCCUGGCCGCUACUCUAUCUCUCUGCAACCACACGGCGUCUCUCUCUCUCUCUCUGUCUCUCUCUCUCCGUGUCUUUCCAUCCACCUUAUGCACUGGUUCCGCAUUUUCCCUUCCCGCAGCACCCGGACAUGAGCUCCAAUUCAAGCCAGGCUAUAGGGCGUGUUUGGCUGGCUGCCUCGUUUGGACAAGCCAGUUGGAUCUCACUCACAAUCAAAACGCUUCCCGAUCUUUACGCUUGACGCUGGGCGGGCCGACCUCUGAGCGUGGCAGCGCAUCUGUUUCAGAGCACAUCACAACCAAACAUGCAACAGUUCGAGCUGCAAGCGAGACCAAUGGCUUUUCACCACUCGCUCCAUCGAUCCUCACACCCUUCCACCGCGGCCACGAGAAGACGAUUAUAUCGGUCUGACUUGACCCCUUCCUCACGCAAGAGCCACCGCUCCCGACCAGCACAACAACUCAUCUCUGCUGGGCAGCCUGGCGAGCUGGGAAAUGCCUUGCCCUCCACCCUGCCCACCCCGACGAAACACGAGACAGCAGUGGCGCCGGCUGCUGGAUUGGCGCUUCCCACCCGCCCCGCCACCGCUCGCGCAACAGAUCGUCAUGGCUUGACGACUCGAGCCACCGGACGGGCUCGUGCGCCAAGGGAUGUUGGCACGCAUCAAACUGUUGUCAAUGUGACAAGCGUAGCCGCGUUCCUGGAGCAUGAGCGCUUGACGAGAGGCUUGGGCCUUGGUCUGGCCUGGAGUCGCGAGGUGCUCCUGCAACCCUUACCUCCAGCUCAGCUGGAGGUGCAACGCUGCAUCACCAUUCAUGACUUUGUCGCUGCUCCUGGUAUCCUUCCCUCCCGCCAAGACGCGCGGACCUUCACGACAGAUAUGGAUCAUGACCACAAGAGCCAGCAGCCCAAGCAGGCGGCUUAUUCCCAGGCCCAAGACCGCGUCUGCUUCGUUCUGACCCUUCACACCUCACCCACAAAGGCCAUGCCCCAACCAGCCCGCAAGGAAGAUGAUCAACCAGCCCAUCAACCGAAACGAACCCCUUUACACGUGAUUUUUGUCACCCGCGACCACUACUUGGCCAUGCUCAAAGCACACCAAAACACGGGCAUGCUGGGCUGGUUUGCGCAGGAGUUUCCGGGUUAUCUAGUCAACAAGUGGAUGCAGUUGGCCAUCAUGGCCAACAAUGCCGUGCCGGCAGACCGCUGCGUACGCAUCUGGCCCCAAGGCCGCUGCAUGAAGCUCUUGCCCCAGGAGUACUACCAGAUGAUUCACCUCCUACCUCAACGCUGUCCGGGUCUGAACUUGACGGUUCCACCUAUCAAACCGGUGACGCCAGAGUCUGAUCUGCCAUCGGACACUUGCCAAGCAAACCCCAUAGCUGCUCGCUUUCACGCAGCUUUGACGGAUGUGGCCCGUCUGACAGCCAAGCGCGCCGCCAGCCCGACUGAUGAACCGUGGCACGCCAUCAUGAACUCGCUGGAUUCGAAUCUGCUCAGGCAGUCUGACCGAACAGAUGACAACGGCCAACCCGACCCCAAGCGCGUGGCACACAUCACCCUGGUUUCUGCCACACACGACGGUCACGAUGGAGGGAAUGAAACCUCAGAUCGACCGCUGACGGCGGUGGAGUUGAAUCGUGCAGACGUGGAUAACAGUGUUGAGUUUGCCUGCCUGCCCGGACCGCACCGCUACAUGAUGGACUCAUUUCGCCGCUUCCUGGCCGAUCAACUACCGUCGCGCAAACGGACCUCGUCGUGCACUUCCACUAGUAGCAGUGAAACAGUGGCAACGACAUCUUCGGCCUAAUUUCGAGCCGCUGUGCCCCCGACUUGAGGCAACAUGCGUAGUCUUUUCCUUUUUUUUCUGUUCGAGAGCCACCCAACUAUCUAUUGGCCUCAUUUUGACACAACUCUUUGAGGUUCACUUUGUACUUACACCCUGAUGUAAUUGAGACAGCGCGUGCUG